CAUGGAAAGUUCCGGAUUAGUCAAAGGUCGAGUAGCGUCGUGACAGCAGCUGAACGUCGCGUCUCUCUUAUCAACCUGAAAACCAACGCAUUUACCAACAAAUAAACAAAAUGCCAAGAGGAAGCAGAAGCCGUUCAUCCAGGAUGUCCCCUCCUGCCAGCCGGGCACCACCACCACGGCCGAUGGCCAGGGCUGCACCCCCUCCCUCCUAUGCCCCGGCUCCAAUGCAGGCGUCUCCGUCUGCUGUGGGUGCCCCGGCCGCGGCACCCAGGCAGCCGGGUAUGUUUGCCCAGAUGGCGACCACAGCCGCCGGUGUGGCAGUGGGCUCUGCGGUGGGACACACCAUCGGCCACGCCCUCAGCGGAGGCUUCGGUGGAGGAAACUCUGAGUCUGCCAAGCCUGACGUCACAUACCAGGAGCCGUACCAGGCUCAGCCCGUGUACCAGCAGCAGCCGCAGCAGCCGUACAUGUACCAGCAGGAGGCACCUCAGCAGCAGCAGCAGGCCUGCUCCUACGAGCUGAAGCAGUUCAUCGAGUGUGCCCAAACCCAGAGCGACCUCAAACUCUGCGAGGGAUUCAGUGAAGUGCUCAAACAGUGCAAGUUCGGCAACGGUUUGUCAUAAAGCAGAGACAAACAUCUGGAGAGUGAAGAACAUGCUCAAACUGCAAUAAGCAACUGGAUACUUAGGGCGUGAUUCACAAGAGAUUAUUAAAAAUUCUUUACUACGAUAGUCGAUCAUCAUCAGACAACACCGUUGUGAUUUUCUCUGAGGAGAGCGCAGCAGAACCUGUAAUCAUAGUCUUAUAAAUAAUGUUUAUAUUUGUUUUGGCUUUGCAGUGUUUUGAGUGGAUUUCAUUUGUCAUUGUUUUUCAUUAGCUUCAGUGCUUCUAAUUUAAAUUUCAUCCUGUGUAUAUUAUAAAGUGAAUUACAUUAUUCAUAGACCAUGAUGACCUGGAAGAUCACCACAGUUUUAUUGUAACAAGCUGAGAUUUAAAGGUAAUAAAGCACUUGGAUUGAGAA